CAUUGUAUUACACGCUUUCGGAUAGACGAAUCACGUGUAACAAAGUGUAAUUUAUAUAUUGUUAUGGAUGAUAUUGCUUGUCCACGUUGCAAGACUACUAAGUAUCGUAAUCCUUCUUUGAAACUUCUAGUGAAUAUUUGCGGUCAUGGUUUAUGUGAAAAUUGUGUUGAAUUGCUAUUUGUCAAAGGUUCGGGAUCGUGUCCACAAUGCGAAGUGCCACUUCGCAGGAAUCAGUUCAGAUUACAGAUAUUCGAGGAUGCUUCCGUCGAAAAAGAAUUGGAUAUAAGAAAACGAAUAUUGAAAGAUUUCAAUAAAAAGGAGGAAGACUUCUCUAACUUGAGAGAAUAUAAUGACUAUCUAGAAGAAGUUGAAACUAUCAUAUUUAAUCUGUCUAACAACAUAAAUAUAGAAGCUACAAAAAGAAAGAUAGAACAAUAUAAAAAAGAAAACAAAAAUAUCAUAAUGAAAAGAAAGAAUAAGUUAAGCAAAGACGAAGAAGAAAUAGACGAGUACCUAGAAUUGGAAAGCAACGAGAAAGAGUGGCGUCGGCAGCAGUUAUCGGAAGAAGAGAGGGAAAUUAAGAGGUCGAGACUGAUGAAGAAGGAAGCUCUGAUUGACGACUUGAUGUUUUCCGAUCUGCCCGCGGGUCAGAUUUUGGCCAGUCACGGCUCUCUGUCGGAAACGGAGAAUGCAUCUGGAGUUAAUAGAUCAAAACCUCCGCCUCGAGAACACGUUAAGUUUUCUUCCGGAAUUAAAAUGAAUCAGAAUUUAUUUCUUCCCCUUCCUAAAGCUAACGAAAACAUUUACACUUAUGUGGAACCUACUUUAAGUUUGCAUGGUCCGGGCGCUCCGGAUUUCAAAAGUAUUGAAAAAGAUAAUUAUUUAUUAAAUAUUCGUGCUACCUCGGAUAGAGAUAGGGCAGGUGGAUUCGUGUCUCAUUAUGCGUGUCGGCGAGCUCUACAAGAAUCUUUCUGCGGUUUGUUUUUGACUUCAGAUAUGUUCCUAAAGUGAAACUUU